GGCGCUGGCGGGCCCCUUCCUGGCCGAGCCGCUCUUCCGACUGCACCUGCGCACGUUGCUGCUGCUGCCACAUGCGGUGUGCUACGUGGUUCUUGUCAACCUGGUCAACCUGCAGGUACACCGCAUCGCGCUUGCCGCCGACCGCUGCCAGCUGGCGGUGUUCCGAGCGCAGGGUGGCCUCCUUCUCAGCCAGCAGGACAUUGCCAAUGUGGGCGUGUGCGGGGCGGCGCUUGCGGACACGCUGGGUGAUCUGACGGCAACACUGGACGACUUAUCACUAGCUCUACAUGGACGUGGCUGAUCCUCACCAGACCAACCUGACCGCGGGCGUGUGGCAGCUGGGCAACCUCUUCAUAGCGGCAGGCCGGGAGCUGCUGUGGUGGGGCGCCAGCAGGGAGGGAGACAUCGGCUCCCUGCGCCCCUUCCGCUUCCUGCUCUCCAACGGCCCCUGGUCGCUCUUCUCCGCCUACUCCGUCUCCCUGGAUUACCUCACCCAUGCAGCGGGUGUGUGCCUGCAUAUGCCAGCAGUAGAGGGCACAUGUCCAACGCAUUAGAGCAAAGUGUAAGCGUUUACGACAUACACGUACAUUAGCAGCAGCCCCGGUCGCACCCAUACUAGUUUACCCCAUGCAAGACCUGCGUAACCAUUGCUACGGUGCGCCGUAGUCUACCUUGGCUGUUGUAUGCGUCGGCUAUGCGAUGUGCGGUCCUUCGUCCUUGUCCAAGCAGCCGGACCGAAGCAGCACCCCGGCACGUACGUGGCUUAAGCAGGAACUAGCCGACUUGGUCUCGCUUGACGGGUGCAGUCAAAGUGAAAGUAGAAGGCUCUGGGGCCCAUAUCCUGGCAUAUGAAUGGUACAAGGACAG